CGGUAUAGUACUGUGCUGUGUUGGUAAACGUCCGCAUUAAGUCUGGAAUUGUAUCACAUGAUACCACGACCUCCGUUUGACGCGCUCAGCUCUCGAGCAAACUGCAUCAUCCUGUUGAAAAUGAUGGCAAAAGUUUGCCAAGCGGAAGGCGUGCCGAUUAUUUGUGAUGCUGGAUCGCCAAAGUCAGACAUAUCGCCAGCUGCAGCUGAAAAAGCAGCACACAAACUGCAGCUUAACAAGCGCUAUUUUACAAGCACUGGAGGCAUCUUGACCGAUAUUGCCUUGUUCUCCGGUAUUGUGGCAACAUUUUCAUUUGAAUUGGAAAAAUUGGAAACAAAUCCGAGGUUUCGCUGGGAAUUGUACGAGUAUGCGGUUCUUGCAUCAUGGUUGUAUUUAGCAGUUUUCGUCGCAUUCGUCGGAUUUUCCGCACACAAAAAGCUUCGGAUCGGCGAAUGUGCCAUGAAUUUUAUUGUAACUGGACAGUCUAUCGUUUUGUCGCUGUUAAUAUCCUGCCUAACAUUCGCCUUGACUUUGGGAAGUGUACAAAAUCCGGAUCCAGGUUUUUCUGUCGCACCAAGGGCGGCAAGUUGUGCUUUUGCGUUCCUGGAAAGUCUCGCUUUGUUCUUCACUGCCGCUGUCACCUAUCUCCAUAUGACGAAACGGUAUCAUGCUCCGGCUUUCGAUUGAGAAUGAAUUUGAUAUCUACUGUUGGCGCUAAAUGUUCGCGUCACUUUGCGGUGACAAAUCAUCAAUCUGUUUAUGGCUAUUGCUCUUAAGGGUUUUUUUCUGCUAAUCUUUCGCAGCUCGAUUUUUGCCAGAACUCUAUGAUUGCUUCAUAAAGCCUUCAUUCAUUGUGCUUUCAAAAUUAAGAGCAUGUAAACCUGGUUAUUUUGCUCAUAAGCGUGAAUAAUGUAUUGAAGAAUGAUAUUAAUCCUAGACAGCAUUUGCGCUACAAAUCUUUUAUUACAUAUUA